AUGAAUGACUCGGACAAAUGGAAACUUUCUACGGGAAAGAUAGUAGAAGAUGCUCUAUACAAUUUCGGUAUUAAAUGCAGGCACGAACACCUAUGUCAUUCAUUUGUGAUAGAUCCAAAUGAUAACAUCUAUAUCAAUGAAGAAGUUUUUACUGAGGCUGAACUUGAUGAAAUUCGAAAAUAUAAACUUAUAUCAAUGCCACAGAUGCCCCCAAGACUUAUUAACUCUGACAUCUCAAGUCUUAGAGAUGCUAUAUUUAAAUCUCAGCAAUGGGAUUCUCCAUACAAUCGACAAACGCAUUUUGAUUAUGAUUGGAUCCGAAAUACCGCGUACAACUUGUUACAUGAAUAUGAAGCGGGGAGUUUAGAGAAGGAUCAUCUUGAAUUGUGGCUCUUGGUUCAUGUUUGGAAUUUUGUAGACAGAGGAUUUGGGAAUAUCGAUGGAUUGGAAACCGCAAGGUCGGAGUCAUCUAGCCGGGCAUCCUCGAAUAGGAAAAAUCGUAAUCGAACCGGAUCUGCAAUUGUCAAAAUGAAGAGAAAGAUUAUGGGAAGACGUGGAGAUCUAAUCAUUCGAAAGGUUUCUACUGAGUACGGAUGUUCAGAGGCUGGCAAAUCUUUCGAAGGUAACAAUGGGACGAAACUUUUGCAUGAAAGAGGUAUAAAAGCUCCGAAAAUGAUGAAGGAUAUAUUUUAUUCUUUGUGUGAAGCCGUUGGAAAUGAAGAGGAAAAGAUAAGAAAACUACAAUCUAUCGGGUUUAUACACUCAAGUAGGUGUUGA